AUGGUUCUCUGGCUCCUGGAAGAAGAGUUCAGGCCAUAUCAGGACCCAAUUUCUUUCCCCAUCGCAUUUGGGAUUCCCAUUCACUGGAUACAAUUACCAGAAAUGCCACAGGCUCUUCCCAAUGUUGCCAGUGAAGAUCUGCAAUCCAGCUUGUACUUUGUCAAUGGAUCUCUGCAAGAGGUAGUCUUCGCCAGUACCAUGGGGACAUUGUUACCAUGCCCUGCAUCAGGGAAUCCCCCAACAACCCUGCGUUGGUACCUAGCAACUGGGGAAGAGAUGUACGACGUCCCAGGGAUCCGACACGUCCAUCCAAAUGGCACUCUCCAGAUCUUCCCUUUCCCUCCUUCGAGUUUUAAUAACUUGAUCCAUGACAAUUCGUACUAUUGCACAGCAGAAAAUCCUUCAGGGAAAAUUAGAAGUCAGGAUAUUCACAUUAAGGCUGUUUUAAGAGAGCCCUAUACAGUCCGCGUAGAGGACCAGAAAGCCAUGCGGGGGAAUGUAGCAGUCUUCAAGUGCAUUAUCCCCUCCUCUGUGGAGACUUAUAUCACUGUAGUGUCAUGGGAGAAAGACACGGUCUCACUUGUCUCAGGAUCUAGAUUCCACAUCACACCUACAGGAGCCUUGUAUAUAUUAGACGUACAGAACGAGGAUGGCCUGUACAAUUAUCGCUGCAUCACACGGCACAGAUACACUGGUGAAACAAGACAGAGCAACAGCGCCCGGUUAUUUGUGUCAGAUCCUGCUAACUCAGCUCCGACAAUCCUGGAUGGAUUUGAUCAUCGGCUGGUCAUGGCUGACCAGCGGGUCGAGUUGCCUUGCAAAGCCUCUGGGCAUCCUGCACCAAAAUACCGCUGGGUGAAGGACAAUGCCCCCUUGGCACGGGACAACAGGUUCAGGCAAACUGUCACUGGGCUACUCAUUGUGAAGGCAGUGCCAGCAGACACAGGAAGGUACACCUGCGAGGUGUGGAACAGCUUUGGGAAUGCAGAGAUUAUUGGCCGCCUGAAUGUAAAACAGCAACUGAAGGCAACAGUGAAUCUGCAUAAGGUGAAAACCAGCAUCGGUGGCAAGUUAUUGCUGUCCUGUACAGUAACCGGAGUGGAGGAGUAUGAGGUGGAGUGGUAUCAGAACGGUGAGAUUAUCACCCCUGGCAACAACGUGAGAAUCACCGGAAACAACCACGAGAAGCUGAUGAUAGAUGGACUGGCAAAGAGUGAUGGAGGAGCCUAUCAGUGCUUUGUAAGGAAAGGUCGAAUGUCAGCCCAGGAUUUGGUGCAUGUUAUCCUUGAAGACGGAACGCCGAAGGUGAUUUCGUUUUUUAGUGAGAAGGUCGUGAGUCCCAACGAGCCCAUCUCACUGAUGUGCAGUGUGAAAGGCAAUCCACCACCAACCAUUACCUGGACCCUGGACGAUGACUCAAUCGCACGAGAUGGGAGCCAUCACUUCAGCCAGUACAGCACCACUGAGGGUAAUAUGGUCAGCCACCUCAAUGUCACCAACACUCAGGUCCGGGAUGGAGGAGUCUACCGGUGUGUGGCCAACAACUCUGCUGGAGUCGCCAUGUAUCAGGCUCGAAUAAACGUAAGAGGACCUGCCAGUAUACGGUCAAUGAAAAAUAUCACGGCCAUAGCUGGUCGUGAUACCUAUAUUCAUUGUCGGGUGAUUGGCUACCCAUACUAUUCGAUCAAGUGGUACAAGAAUUCCAAGCUGCUGCCCUUUAACCAUCGCCAGGUGGCAUACGGGAAUAACGGGACCUUAAAGCUCUCCGAUGUACAGAAAGAUGUGGACGAGGGAGAGUACAUCUGCACUGUGCUUGUGCAACCUCAACUGACAACCAGUCAGAGUGUGUAUGUAGCUGUCAAAGUCCCACCUUUCAUCCAGCCUUUUGAAUUUCCAAGAUUCUCCAUUGGGCAGCGUGUCUUCAUCCCCUGUGUAGUCAUCUCAGGGGACCUGCCAAUCAGAAUCACUUGGCAGAAAGAUGGUCGUCCAAUCCCUGCAAGCCUGGGAGUCACCAUUGACAAAAUUGACUUCACCAGCUCAUUGAGGAUCUCCAACCUCUCCCUGAUGCACAAUGGGAACUACACAUGCAUCGCCAGCAACGAUGCAGCAGCAGUGGAGCACCAGAGCCAGCUGAUUGUCCGAGUUCCUCCUCGAUUUGUGGUGCAACCCGCUGACCAGGAUGGUAUUUAUGGGAAAUCUGUCAUACUGAACUGUUCUGCGGAAGGUUAUCCUGUCCCAACAAUCGUAUGGAAGUACUCCAAAGGUGCAGGUGUCCCACAGUUUCAGUCAAUUGCCCUGAAUGGUCGCAUCCAACUACUGGUGAAUGGGUCUCUCCUAAUUAAACAUGUGCUCGAGGAAGACAGUGGGUAUUACCUCUGCCAGGUCAGCAACGAUGUGGGAGCUGAUGUCAGCAAGUCCAUGUAUCUGACAGUCAAAAUUCCUGCCAUGAUUACAUCAUACCCAAACACCACUCUGGCAACUCAGGGACAGAAGAAAGAGGUCAGCUGCACUGCACAUGGAGAGAAGCCCAUCAUUGUCCGCUGGGAGAAAGAAGACACCAUCAUCGACCCAGAACGUAUGUUCCGUUACGUUGUAUCCACCAAAGAGAUUGGAGAUGAGGUCAUUUCUACAUUGCAGAUUACACCAACAGUCCGGGGAGAUUCUGGGUUUUUCUCCUGCCAUGCUAUUAAUUCAUACGGAGAGGACCGAGGGUUGAUUCAGCUCACGGUGCAAGAACCCCCAGAUCCUCCUGAAAUUGAGAUCCGUGAGGUGAGAGCACGGAGCAUCGCUUUGAGGUGGAGCAUGGGUUUUGAUGGGAACAGUCCCAUCACUGGCUUUGACAUUGAGUGCAAGAACAAGUCAGAUUCGUGGGAUGCAGUACAAAGGACGAAAGAUGUCUCGCCUCAGUUGAACCAGGCCACAAUUAUCGACCUGCACGCCUCUUCCACCUACAACAUCCGUAUGUAUGCCAAAAACCGCAUUGGGAAGAGUGAGGCCAGCAAUGAGCUUACCAUCACCACAGAUGAAGCAGCCCCUGACGGUCCACCUGUCGACGUUGUGCUGGAAUCCCUAUCCUCUCAGUGUAUCAGAGUGACUUGGAAGGCUCCAAAGAAGCACUUGCAAAAUGGAUUAAUCCGCGGCUAUCAAAUUGGUUAUCGGGAGUACAGCACUGGUGGCAACUACCAGUUUAAUAUCAUCAGCAUGGAAACAACCGGCGACAGCGAGCUGUACACACUGGACAAUCUGAAAAAGUUCACGCAGUAUGGAGUGGUGGUGCAGGCUUGUAACCGUGCGGGCACUGGACCCUCCUCACAGGAAAUCAUUGCAACAACGUUGGAGGAUGUGCCCAGCCGACCACCAGACAACGUCCAAGCCAGUGCAGUAUCUCCGGAGGUCAUUUCACUGUCUUGGUCGAUGCCACCAAAGGAGGCACUGAAUGGGAUUCUACAAGGAUAUAGAGUUAUUUACUGGGCAAACCUCCCAGAUGGAGAGCUCGGAGAGAUUAGAAACGUCACAACCACCCAGGUUACGCUGGAGCUAGAUGGACUCGAGAAGUUCACCAACUACAGUAUACAGGUGCUGGCAUUCACCCGGGCAGGAGAUGGAGUCAGGAGCGAGCAGAUCUUCACACGUACCAAGGAGGAUGUUCCAGGUCCCCCGGGCGGAGUGAAAGCAGCUGCAGCCUCUGCCACAAUUGUGGUCGUCUCCUGGCUUGCCCCGCUGAAGAUGAAUGGCAUCAUUUGGAAGUACACCAUAUUUUGCUCUCACCCAUAUCCAACAAUAAUCAGUGAAUUUGAAGCCUCACCGGACUCGUUUUAUUACCGCAUUCCCAACCUCAGCCAAAAUCGCCAUUAUAGCAUCUGGGUUGUUGCAAUUACUGCAGCAGGAAGAGGGAACUCCAGUGAGAUUAUUACAGUGGAGCCACUGGCAAAAGCACCAGCCCGGAUCCUGACAUUCAGCGGCACCGUGACAACACCAUGGAUGCGAGACAUCGUAUUGCCGUGUAAAGCAGUUGGGGACCCGGCCCCUACAAUCAAAUGGAUGAAGAACAGUAAUGGAACACCGAGCCCUGUGGUCACCGAUGGACGGAGAAGCAUCUUUAACAAUGGAAGCUUUGUCAUCCGCACUGUGAAAGCAGAGGAUUCUGGGUACUAUAGCUGCGUGACAAGUAAUAACUGGGGAUCAGAUGAAAUUCUUCUUAACCUACAGGUGCAAGAGCCACAGUUUGCCAAGGAACAGGACCUGUUCUCCAGUGUCAACACCACAAGGAUCAGGCUGAAUCUUCUUGGUUGGAUUGAUGGUGGCUGUCCAAUCACCAUGUUCACCCUUGAAUAUCGGCCAUUUGGGACAACAGUCUGGACGACAGCACAGCGGACGACCCUGUCCAAGUCAUACAUCCUGUACGACUUGCAGGAGGCCACGUGGUAUGAACUGCAAAUGAAGGUGUGCAACAGUGCAGGAUGCACAGAGAAGCAGACAGAAUUUGCAACCCUCAAUAACGAUGGGAGUACAAUCCCACCGCUGAUUAAAUCGGUGGUCCAGACCGAGGAAGGAAUGGCAACUAAUGAGGAACUGAAAAUGCUGGUGACCAUCUCGUGCAUUCUGCUGGCUGCCCUGCUGCUGUUUGCUCUGCUUCUGAUUGUUCGAAGACGACGGAGGGAACAGCGUCUGAAAAGACUGAGGGAUGCCAAAAGUUUGGCCGAGAUGCUGAUGAGUAAAAACACAAGGACAUCUGAUACCCUGAAUAAACAGCAGCAGACACUGAGAAUGCACAUCGAUAUCCCUCGUGCACAGCUUCUGAUAGAAGAGAGGGAUACCAUGGAAACAAUAGAUGACCGAUCUACUGUGCUACUGACGGAUUCAGACUUUGGAGAGGCUGUGAAACAGAAGUCGCUAACAGCCACACACACUGUCCAUUACCAUUCAGUCUCGCAGGCCACUGGGCCUCUUGUGGAUGUUUCAGAUGCUCGACCUGGAACCAACAGAGCACGGAGCAGCAUGGUCUCAACGGAGAGUGCCUCCUCUACGUAUGAGGAGCUGGCACGUGCAUACGAACAUGCCAAGAUGGAGGAGCAGCUGAGGCACGCCAAGUUUACAAUUACGGAAUGCUUCAUAUCGGAUACAUCUUCGGAGCAGCUGACAGCUGGGACCAAUGAGUACACAGAUAGCCUGACAUCCAGCACGCCUUCAGAAUCGGGCAUCUGCAGGUUUACUGCAUCACCGCCGAAACCUCAGGAUGCAGGGAGGGUGGCAAACAUGGCAGUGCCCAAAGCACAUCGACCAGCUGGUGACCUUAUGCAUCUUCCGCCAUACCUAAGGGUGGACUUCCUGAUUCACAGAGGAGUGGCAGGUCCGAGCAGAGACCUUGGUCAGGGUCAUGCCUGUCUGGAGCCACAGAGAAGGAACACCAUGAAACGCACACAAGUCAUGGAGCCAAUCCCAGUGGAAGUAGCUACCAGGGACACACAGCAAUGGCAAUCAAGCACCGCGUCGACAUUACCUCAGAGGGAGGGAGCAGACCGUGGCAAAGCUGCCAAAUUGAGCAGCUCCCAAGAAUCGCUACUGGACAAUCGCGGUCACUUGAAACAAGGGAACAACCCUUACGCAAAAUCCUACACCCUGGUAUAA